UUGGUCGCUCAGUUUCGCGGACUUUGGCCACAAAUAGAAGUUGUGUGCAACGUGCUUCUGCUGCUGCGGGUCUGAGCCUGUCAGGGUCUGCUGUCUUCACUUAAUUCACACACAGCGCUUUCAUAGCUUUAACAUGGCCCACACCAAUGGUUGUUGUGUUGAUAAGGACACAUGGGAGUCCCACAACAGUAUGAUGAAAGAAUCUCUGAGCACCAAUGAUCCAGAGGUUUUUGACAUCAUUAAGAAGGAGAAGAAGAGGCAGACGUAUGGUUUAGAGCUCAUCGCAUCAGAGAACUUCGCAAGUCGGGCAGUUUUGGAGGCUUUGGGCUCAUGCAUGAACAACAAAUACUCUGAGGGCUAUCCAGGCCAAAGGUAUUAUGGUGGCACAGAGCAUGUGGAUGAACUGGAGCGGCUCUGCCAGCAAAGAGCACUGAAAGUUUACGGCCUUGACCCAGAAAAAUGGGGAGUGAACGUGCAGCCCUACUCUGGCUCACCUGCCAACUUCGCUGUUUACACUGCUGUGGUUGAGCCACAUGGGAGGAUCAUGGGGCUUGACCUGCCUGAUGGUGGUCACCUUACCCAUGGCUUUAUGACUGACAAAAAGAAAAUUUCAGCCACAUCCAUUUUCUUUGAAUCAAUGCCAUACAAGGUCAACCAAGAGACUGGCUAUAUUGACUAUGACCGACUAGAGGAAAAUGCUCGCCUGUUUCACCCAAAACUAAUCAUUGCAGGUACCAGCUGCUACUCCCGCAACCUGGAUUACAGUCGUCUGCGGAAGAUAGCGGACGAGAACGGGGCUUACCUCCUGGCCGACAUGGCACACAUCAGUGGGCUUGUUGCAGCGGGAGUGAUUCCAUCCCCGUUUGAGUACUGUGAUAUUGUGUCCACCACUACUCAUAAGACCCUGAGGGGCUGCAGAUCAGGGGUCAUCUUUUUCAGGAAAGGAGUGCGCAGUGUGGACACCAAGACAGGAAAGGAGACUCUUUACAACCUGGAGAGUUUGAUCAACCAGGCUGUGUUUCCGGGGCUGCAGGGAGGACCUCACAAUCAUGCCAUUGCAGGUGUGGCUGUAGCAUUGAAGCAGGCAAUGACUCCAGAGUUCAAGGCCUAUCAGUUACAAGUGCUGGCUAACUGCAAGGCCUUAGCAGCAGCUCUUGUGGAAAAGGGCUACAAAAUUGUCACUGGUGGUUCUGAUACUCAUCUUAUCUUGGUUGACCUACGUCCAAAUGGAACUGAUGGUGGCAGAGCGGAGAAGGUGCUGGAGGCCUGUGCUAUCGCCUGCAACAAGAACACCUGCCCAGGUGAUAAGAGUGCCUUGAGGCCCAGUGGUCUCCGCCUCGGCUCUCCGGCACUCACCUCACGAGGGCUUGUGGAGGAAGAUUUCCGCACAGUUGCCGAAUUCAUUCACAGAUGUAUUCAGUUAACUCUGGAGAUCCAAACAAGCAUGAACCCCAAAGCCACACUGAAAGAGUUCAAGGAAACACUGGCUCAGGAUGAGAAAUAUCAAAGCAAAAUAAAGGGAAUCCGAGAGGAGGUUGAAACUUUUGCUGGAAAAUUCCCCAUGCCUGGACUGCCUGAGCUUUAAGUCUAAUGCUUAUACUUCCAUUCUUUAUAUCUGAGCUUUACCUUCAUUAAAUCAUGCCUGUUUGUUUGGCGAGUUUGCGGAUUUAACUGUUACUCUGUCCAAGUACUCUGUUCAAAUCAUUUCCUGUAAAAAUGUGAGCACUUAUACAGUUAUUAUUUCAGACACAAUGGAAUUGUGAGUUGUUUUUUUUUUCAAUGCAAAUUCAGCCGUUUCUACACCAUAAUUUACCAAAAGCUUCUAAACAAACAGUUGUUUUGUGAGUCCUGCUGAAGAAUUUUCCAAAUGUGAAUUGUUUCAUCCAGAGGUUUUCUGAUGCCAUUUAAUGCUGACCAAAAAAUACCAAACAUUGCAGUAAACUGUGUAUAUAUGAUCCAAAGGAUCAAUAAAGGCAAAUGUUACAAAUGUCA